AUGAAUUCAGAGGCUAUUAAUUUGAGAACAGCAGCCAAGAAAACUAAUGAUGAGAUUAUUUAGGAAAUAAUUGAUUCUGGAAAUAAGAAUGAGUUUGAUUUUAUACGGUAAGUAUGGGAACCAAAUGAAACUUCUACUUCUGCGUCAAUAGAAACAUCAUUGAGUGCUGGGUAUGGUAAAAAGAUAAGAAUUGGAACCUACAUCAAUAAAUUCCUUGAUAGUUAAUUGCAACCAUAAGUCUAUUACAAACUGAAAGAAUUGCAUUGA